UCCCAGCCUGGAUCCCUGGGAGCUGAGGGGCUCCACCCUGGAGCAGCUCCGGGGUCUCCUCUGGGCUCUCUCCAGCAGCAGAAGGAGCUCCCGGCUGCUCUCCCGGCGCUGUUCCCUUAUUCCCGGUGUGCCCGGGGCCAUCCGAGCUCUCCUUUGGGCUCUCCCGUGCCUGGGGCUGAUCCCUCGCCGCUCCGGGGGCUGGCCCGGCGCCGCUGCUGCUCUGGGAAGGUUCCUCCGGCCGGGCAGGUUCCUCCGGCUGUGUCCCACAGCCGGGCGUGGGGCGAGCCCGGCCAGCAGCGGGAGCCGCUUCCGUUCCGUUCCAUCCAUCCCGGGCUGCGGCCGGGAAGGCUCCGGGCUCCGGCCAUGGCCAAAGCGCAGGAGCAGCCCCCGGCUCUCUCGGAUGUCCAGGUAAAGGCGUGCGGGGCGCUCCGGAGGGCCGGGAGAGGCUCACUGAGCGCUGCGUUCCCACUCCAACACACCCUGCCGAGGGAGCUCCCCCCGCGCGGGAGCUGGGCCGGUGCUUUGCCCACCGGCGAGGGAGGGUGGCAGCCGGGCAGGGCUAUCCCCGGGCCCGCAGCGGCUCUUCCCCGGCUCCUGCCCCGCUCUUCCCGGCGGACUCCCGGGCCCGGCUCCGCUCCCGAGGCGCCGUCGGGAGCCGCUCCCAGCGCGGCCACGGGCGGGACGCGGCUUCUCGGCGCUCCCCAGCCCCGGGUGAGGGAAACUUGGGAGGAGAUCCCAGCGGGAAAACUCGGGAGGAAGAAGCGGGGAAGCCCCGCCACGUGCAGCCGCCGCCGAGGGGCGGCUGAGGAGCCCCCGAAACGCCUUUGCUGCGGUUCCUGGGCACGGCUUCGGCCAGGAAUGGCCGAGGGACAGAGUCCGGCCGUGCCCAGGGUCUCACAUCCCCCUCCCCGUGGGGGCUCCGCUCCCCCCGUGCCUCCCGCAGGUCCUGGUGCUGACGGGCGUCACCCUCCCGGCCGCGCUGCUCAGCCUCCUGGGCAGCGGAUCCGUCCUCGCUGUCACCUCCUGGCAGGGCCGCUGCUGCCACAUCCAGCUGCGCCCCCUGUUCCUCCUGGCCCUGGCAGAUUUCCUGGGUGCCACCGCGCUGCUGGGCACGGGAACCAUCCCGCUGCUGCCGGCCCCGCUCUCCGCGCCCGCCUACGCCGCCUGUCCCUACGGGCGGAUGCUGACCACGACCUCCUACGCCGUCUCCUUCCUCAUGGUCGUUGUUUACGCGUACGAGUCGCACCGCACCGUCCUCGGGGGGCGAGCCCGGCCCCCGGCAGCGCUGCAGGAGCGGAGCCGCUGCCUGGAGAGCGCCUGGCAGGGAAUUCCCUACGUGCUGGCCUGGUACGGCCCCCGCCCUGCCCGGGGCAUCGCUGCAGCCCCCGCGACGCCGGGGGAGCUUCGGGACCUGCAGCACCGCUCUGUCCUUGCAGCUGCCUCCUCCUGAUCCACCCGAACCGGGACAUGUGCUCCCAGUCCGGCGGGGACAAUAACGCGGGGCUGGAGGAGAAAAUCGUCUUGCUGCUGUACCUGCUGCUGGUGCUCGGCUGCUGCUCGCUCCUGUACCGGCGGGUGCGGCUCCGCUGCCGGGGGAACGCGGCGCUGCCGCUGCUGAGCCCGGCCGGGGACGGCGGCUUCGGGGGCAGGAGCGGCCGCAGCGUCGGCAAAGCCUCGCUCUACUUCCAGCUGGUUUUCCUGCUCUGCUGGACGCCAGGCAAGCCCGGGGGGGUGUCCCCAGCACCCCGAGCCCUGCAGGGUCACAGUGGGGGUGUCCCACCAAGGAAUGUCCCUCUGUGUCCCACCCACAGCCUUCCUCCUCGCCAUCCUCUCCUUCACCAGCAUCAGCCCUGCCUCGCUCUUUGUCCUCUAUGUGUCCACAGCCCUGAGCGUGUCCCUGCAGGGCUUCCUGCACAGUCUGGUCUACGGCUGGAUGAGGGAGAACUUCCGACGGGAGGUGCUGGCCCGGAGCCUCUCCCUGCAGAGCCCCGGGGGGCUCAAGGCUUUCUACGACGAUUCCCUGGGGGCUGUUCCCUGAGCUCCCACCUCAUCCCAUUCCCUGGGAGCUGCUCCCACCUCAUCCCGUUCCCUGGGGGCUGCCCAAAGCCCCGGCGGGUUCUGCACAUUCCCAGCAGCUCAGGAAAUCCUGGAAUGGCUGGGUGGGAAGGGACCUCAGAGCCCCUCGAGUGCCACCCUGCCCUGGCAGGGACACCUCCAAGGUUUUUCCAACCCAAACUGUGAUUCCGUGCCUUGGGAAGAGCAGAGGGACACACAGCCACCCACAGGUGCUGUGAGCCCUCUGGAAAACCAGGAUGGCCACGAGUGACCAAGAGCAGGGACAACCCUUCCCAACCCAA